AUGAGAGAAUUUUUAAAAGAUGAUUAUGAUGUAAUAGUUUGUGGUGGUGGUCCAGUUGGUUUGGCUACUGCAUACAGAUGUGCCAAAGCUGGAAAGAAAGUACUUUGUCUCGAAAAAUCAGUAUUCUUUAAUGGAGGUGGUAGUAGUGGUGAUGUUGUUAGAAUGUUACGUACAAUGUACACUGAAGAUUAUAUGGCCGAUUUAGCACAUGAAACCCUUGGACUCUGGAAAGAACUUGGUGAUGAUGCUGGUGAAGGUGAUUUAGUUUGGAUGACAGGUCUCCUAAAUUUUGGUGAUCCAAAUUAUGGUGCAGGUGGUCCAGAAGGUACUUUAUUAGGACCAAUUCCAAAUUUAGAGAGAUUGGGUAUGCAAUACAAAGUGUUAACUGCUCAAGAAAUUAUGGAAGAGUAUCCAUUUAGAAACAUUCCAUCCAAUCACCAAGGUGUUUUUGCUCCAGACAAUGGUGUUAUCAAUUUACCAUUGGUAUUACGUUCUCUUUACAAGUUAUGUUUACAAUAUGGUUGUAAAAUGGUAAGCCAUGCAGAAGUUAAACUUAUUAAAAAUCUUAGCACAACAAUGGUUGAAAUUGAAGUUGAACACACCGAUGUUGACCAAAAAAAUAAACAAUCCUUCAAAGUUAAAAGUAAAAAAGCUGCCAUUACCAGUAAUAGUUUCUGUAAUCAUAUUAUUAAACCAUCAUUUGGAUGGGAAUUAGAUAUGACCAUUUGGGAAAUGACUUCAAGUUAUUUCGUUGCAAAACCAGGUCCAAAUGCAACUGUUUUCAAAAGUAUGUGGUUCAAUUUCCAAAAUGAUACUGAUAAUGACCCAACAAAAUCAAAUUUAUACUACGGUUUCCCAGCUGUACCAUGGAUGACUGAUAACCAUUGUAGAAUUGCAUUGGAUGCAGCAUUACGUCAAAUUAAAGAUCCAAACGAUCGUCAUGAUGGUGUUGAAACUCAUGAUGUUAAUCGUACUCGUGACUGGGUUAGAGAACAUAUUCCAGGUGUUGACGAUACUCCACUCUUUAACGUUAGUGCACUCAUGGCAAAUGUUUAUGAUAAUAUGUUUGUUUUAGAUUUUAUCCCAGAAACUAAUAAUAACGUUGUCAUGUUUGCAUGUGGUUGGGCUAUGAAAUUUAUUCCAUUAUUAGGUAAAAUUCUCAGUCAAUUGCUUGAUGAAGGUAAAACCCAAUAUCCAAUCGAUCAUUUUGCAUUAAAUCGUGGUAAUGGUGCAUUAAUUAUCAAAGAAGGUCAAACACCAAAGUCUGUUAAUAGCCAAGUUAGAGCACCACGUUAUACCUCUAUGCAUUGUAAACCAUUAACUAUUGCCAAAUCAACUGUACCAACAAAUCAAUCAUCAAAUCCAGAUGGUGCUUCUUCAACUGCUCCAACUCAAUCUUUAAGAUCAUUGUUUGCUAGCAGACUUUUACAAAGAAGUGUUGGUAUGGAAGCUAAAUUCCAUUCAAUCAUUGCCAAGAAUAGAAGCAAACGUUCAACCAAAGCCUCUCAAAAGGAUUUGACCGUUGGUAUUAUCGGUGCUGGUAUGGCUGGUUUAUAUGCAGCUAUGAUUCUCCAAGAUUUAGGUCUCCAAUAUAACAUUUUGGAAGCCAAUAAAGAGAGAGUUGGUGGUAGAAUCUACACCUAUAGAUUCCCACAAAAUCAAGAUAAAUAUCAAACCGUUGAACUUGGUGCAAUGAGAUUCCCAAAGAUUGAAAUUAUGGAUAGACUCUUAAAUCUUGAUAAACCUUGGUCACUCUUUUCCAAAUUAGAAAAAGCUGGUCACAAAAUCCCAACCAUCCCAUAUCAUCUCACAGUUGAUAACAAUUUGGUUUAUUACAAUGGUAAGAGAAUCUUUGCCAAUACCUUGUUGAAUGAUGAUCCACUUUACUUUAGUGAUACUCACAAUGGCGGCCCAGGUACAGCUGUUCCAGACAAGUAUACCUAUCAACCAUAUGGUGACUUAUUGGAUGCCGUUUAUAAGAAAUUCUCUGAUGACUUGGAAAAUGAUUUCGAAAGUGGUUUUGAAACCCUCUUAAAAUCAGAUAACUAUUCAACCAGAGCUUAUUUAUUCGAAAAAGGUCCAUAUCCACAAUCAGUUGUCAACUAUCUUGAAACUAUGGACACUGGUACAGGUUUAUAUGAUAUGGCAUUCUCUGAAACCAUUAUGGAUUAUUUCGAUUUCAGUGCAGGUGAUGAAUGGUUAUGUAUUGAUGGUGGUACAGAUAUUAUUGUCAAUUCUAUGGUUAAAACUUUAAGACCAGGUUGUAUUGAACAAGGUAAAGUUGUAACCAAAGUUUCUAGAGUAGUAGGAAAGAGUGGUGAUGUUAGCAAUUUGAAAGUUGAUUUCCUCGAUGGAACUGAAGGUCGUUUAUUCAAACAUGUCAUUAGUACUGGUACAUUGGCAUCAUUACGUAGAGUUGAUUUAAGUGAUUUGAAAUUAUCGCACAAUAAGAGAACUGCAAUUCGUUCUCUUCAUUAUGAUCACUCUGUAAAGAUUGCCCUUUCUUUCAAAUCAAGAUGGUGGGAAGAUUCCAAAUUCAUGAAUGGUAAACCAAUGCUCGGUGGUAAAUCAUCAACAGAUCUUCCAGUUCGUACCAUCGUCUAUCCAUCCUAUGGUAUUGGUCAACCAGGUGUUAGUGGUGUUUUAAUCGUUUCUUACACUUGGAGUUUAGAUGCAUCCAGAAUUGGUAGUUUGGUUGGUGAUAGACCAAGUGAAGAGGUCUUAAUCAAAUUAUGUAUGGCCAAUCUUGCUGAAGUUCACAAUGUUCCAGUCGCUACCCUCCAACAAUUAUUUGUUGAUUACAAAUGUUGGGAUUGGUAUAAUGAUGAUUAUUCAUCAGGUGCAUUUGCUCUCUACAGUCCAUCACAAUUCUCUCAAUUGUUCCCAUCACUUACUAAACCAUCACCAGAUGGUAGAUUCCAUUUAGCUGGUGAAGCAACAUCUGUUCAUCAUGGUUGGGUCAUUGGUUCUCUUAACUCUGCCUAUCGUUCAGUCGAUCACAUUCUUCAAGUUGAAGGUCUUGAUGAGUUACGUGCCAAAUUACGUCUCAAUUGGGGUUUCAUCGAUGAAGUUGAAGAUCCUCAAGAUGAUCAACAAUAUGUUGACCCACAUCACAAUUUAAGUGGUCCAAAUGCUAAAAAAUUCAGAUCAAAUGUAUCACAAGUUGCCAUUCAACCAAGAUUCAAAGCUCCAAGAAACUUUAAACCAAGAAAUACUGCUGCUAGUAUUGGUGGUCUUAAAUAA